AUGCUCAGCUCUCGGGCCCGGCCACGGACUCUGCUCCUGAUCGCCCUCGCUUCCGUCACAACGUACUGGAUCCUGUUCAGUGGCUCUGGGCCCCAGUUCCACGUCGUGCCGUUCACCCACGAUAGCACCGCGGGUCAACAGUUUACUCCAAGUGGCCAGCAAUCCACAAAGGGCGAUGCUUCCGAUGCCAGCCCCUCAGAAAAGCAUGCCUGGGACAUUAGCAUUGAGGACAUCAAGGGCUGGAGAGACCCAGAUGACGAGGAGGAUCCUAAUGAUAUAGAACCCGGGUACGAACGGGACGGCAAGCACAGAGAGCCUGGUGAUAUCAGCAAGACACAGCACGAGAAGGACCUGAGGACAUUGUGGCGCUACGCCUACAAGACGACCAAAGAUCUCCCAUCCUCUGACCUCAUCUACGGCAACACGCUCGAAACGAUAGACUACCGCGAAAACCGUACCGAGGAAGCUGCCUCCCGGCUGCGCGAAGAUCCGGAUGUCGAUGUCACCUUUACCGACGAGCACCCCGUGCGCUUCAACCCCUUCCCCGACUACAACAGCGACGCCUGGAAGACUUCCAAGCGGGCACCAUACGUGCCAUGCUAUGGUGCCACCGGCGAGUUGGUUGAGGACCUGCUCGUUUUCAAGGGCACCCCUCAAGACUUCCCGGCGCCCAAGUUGGGUUCGUACGACAAGCUAGGACUCGACGAGAAUCUCUGCUGGGAACGCGAGACACGUCUCGGACCUUAUGGAUUCACCAAACAGAUGAAGAAGGUUGGCGGCGAGUUCGUCCCUGUGGACUGGGACAAUGUGAACUGGGGCGAUCUCCAGCGUCGCUGUGUUCACAAGAACGCCAAGCGAUACGACCUGAACAAGAGCCGAAAGAACCCAUAUCUCAACGCUUACCCCGAGACGGCCAAGUCCGACGACAAAAUCGUGGCCAGGGAUUCGUCUUCUCCCCAGACGGAGGCCGAGGUUCCCGAGGUCAACGGCCGUGCGCCUGCUGACUUUGAUGACGCCGACGACGCGGCUGAUGACAAUGAUGUCGUCCCUGAGAAGCGCACCGCAGUGCUUCUUCGUGCCUACACCGGCAAGGAUUACACCGAGAAUGACAAGCAGUUCAUCCGCGCCAUGGUGAACGAGCUGUCGCUCAAGUCGGGUGGCGAGUACGAGGUAUUCUUACUGGUUCACGUCAAGGACAAGGAGCUUCGCAUCUUCAAUGAUCCUGAGACAUACCAGGCCGUCCUGCACGACAACGUGCCCCCCGAGUUCCACGGCAUGACUGUGCUGUGGAACGACGAGGUGGUGUGGAACAUUUACACCGAGCUCAAGGACGAGCAGGAGAGGAGCGUCCACACAGCCCAAUGGCUGUCCGUCCAGAAGUUCAGCCACGAUCACCCGCAGUUCGACUUCAUCUGGAACUGGGAGAUGGAUUUCCGCUUCACGGGACACCACUACGACAUCUUGAACAGACUGUCUGACUUCUCCGCCGCGCAGCCUCGCAAGGGACUCUGGGAGCGCAACGAGCGCUGGUACAUCCCCGAGUACCACGGUGACUACGACACAACUUUCCGCCAGGACAUUGAGGAGCGCUACGGCAACGACACCGUCUGGGGCCCCCUCGACCUGUCUUUUGUCAACCCCGUUGGCCCUAAGCCCCCCGUAAAGUCGCCCAGCGAUGACAACUACGAAUGGGGUGUCGGAGAGGAUGCGGACGUCAUCACCCUGGGACCCAUCUUCAACCCGAUCAACAGCAACUGGAUCAUUAGCAAACACGUCUGGGGCUACACGGACGCGAACCACCAUUCCUGGGACGUCCCCCGCCGCACGACCAUUGUCACCCACUCGCGCGUGUCCAAGCGUCUGUUGGACAUUAUGCACGUCGAGAACAUGCGCGGCAACCACGUGGCCUCGGAGAUGACGCCGCAGACGGUCGCCCUCCACCACGGCUUCAAGGCCGUCUUUGCGCCUCACCCCAUCUUCAUGGACCGCGACUGGGACGGCGAGUUCCUGAACAAGUGGUUUAACCCCGGCGAAAAGGGCGAGUCUGGUGGCUACGGCUCGCCGAUGGGCUGGGGCCGCGAGCGCCGUUACCAGGGCACGACCUGGUACUACCGCGCCGAGCCGCCAAACCGCCUCUUCAACAACUGGAUGGGCUGGGUCGACACCAAGAUUGGCGGCAAGCGAUGGGAGCAGAAGCACGGGAGGCCCUGCCUGCCAUCGAUCAUGCUGCAUCCGGUCAAGGAGUCGGAGCCCACGUCGAAUGGGUACGAGACUGGGUUUGAGCUGGCGUAUGGUUAA